AUGAAUUCAGAUCGACUUUCCACACUAUUUGAAGUACUAAAUAGACAAGAUGGGAGAGGAAUAGAAGAGGUUUCAGAGGAAUUGAUCAAUGCAACACAAAGUACUGAUAUAAUUCAGCCAAUUUUGGAGAUUUUGAAUAGUAAUAAUGAGAAUUUAUACAUACAAUGCUGCAUUUUCCUAGAAAAGACAAUCAAGAACAAUAUAAAUGCAAUAAAUAACCAAUCAAAACAAGAAAUUGUGAAAUCAAUACUAGAAAUUUUUCCAAAAUUUGAUAUACAGAUAUCAAAUUUACUAUUAAUGUCACUUGAUGCACUUACAAUGGCUGAAAAUAUGGACGAAAUGAUAUUGCAAGCAGCCGUUCAGCUAUAUCAAGCAUCAGAUUAUUUUCAUUCGAUUUUACUAUCGAUAUUGCCUAAUUCUAGUAUUUCAGAGAACAUGGAGUUGAUGUAUAAUCUCAUAAAUUCCUCUUUAUCUCAAGAAAAUACUGAAAUUUAUUCAUAUACAUUGAGAUUAUCAUUUUUAAUCGUUUCAGAAGCCCGAAAUGACGAAACAAAGACAGAUUAUUAUAAUGGAAUACUCAGAAUAUUAACAGAUUUCUUUCUUUCGCAUAUAAAUGACACAGAAAUUUUAAAUUUAUUUGAUAAACUAGAACAAACAGCUCAUCAUCGCGGAUUUGACUUCAUUUACCCAUCAGAUGUCUUCGAUGCUUUACUGCAGCAAAUACAAAACCCACAAAACAAUUUACAACUCUAUCAUCAUCUUCAAAUUUUUUCUUUAAUUUUAAAAAGUGACAAUUUACCAAAAAUUUCUGAAGAAAAUUUUCCAAUUAUAGGGAAUAUGAUUAUUGAAUGCACACCAGUCUUAGCAAACCCAGAAUCACCCAAAAUACAAGACCAAUACUUUGAAGCUGCAGAAUUUGCUUUUGAAACGGUUUUGUCACGUUUUAAAUUUGAAGAUGCGAAAAAUUAUGUUUUUUCUGACAUCCAAGAAUUAUUAAGUGGAGAAGUUGAUGAAACAAAGUGUAUUUUAGUCAUGAUGAUUUUGACUGCUGGUUUCGAUUACAAUAAUUUCUUUUUUGACGGUUUAUAUGACGAUUUAUUCAAUUUUUUGAAUGAGUUUUUAUCGUCUGAUUCAAUUUUACUGAUUAACUAUGUUAUAUCAUUUUUAUGGAAUUUAUUUGGUGGGAAAGCGAAAAUUGACCAGAAUUCAUAUGAUUUUAGGUUUUUAAUGGAAAAACUUUUUGAAGUUUACGAAAAAACAGAAAAUAAUGAUUCAAUUUUCUUGUUGCCUUUGAUUGUUUCAUCACGAGAAAUGAGUGAUGAUCUUAUGAGUGAUUUCUUUGAAUUCAUUUUACCACUUUUAGAUUCACAAGACAUUUCUAUAACAAUUGUUGGUUUCAACACUAUUGCCGCAAUAUUGAAAAAAUUGACAUUUAAAUUGGAAGAGAAUCUAAUUGAUGAUUUGUUCCAAAUAAUACUGAAAAAGAUACAGCAUGAUAACGAGAUAAAUGAUAUAUCUCCUUCUAUGCUAAAUUUUAUCUCCACACUUUUGAAAAUGUCACCAGAAAAAAUUAUGAAUUUUAUUGAUAUUUUGUCACUUUUUGUAAAUGAAAUGAUGAAAAGUGACGAUGAAGAAUAUUAUUAUACUGCAUGUAGUUUUAUUAGAUCUGUAAGCGAGAGUGAAUACGGAAAUGAAUUUAUUAAUUCCCUUUUUUCGGAAAUUUUUCCGAUUAUUUUCAAUUCAAUUGAUUAUGAUAAUAUUUCUUACUCAGUCUUCUCAGGAGCGACAUCAGAAAACAAACUGGCAAAAGUGAUUGUCCCUUCCUUUAAAGUUUUGUCUGUUUUCUUGAGAAACAAAGAAGAAAUUUUCCAAGAAAAAGAAAUUCUUGACAGAAUAACAAAAAUUUGCGUAACUGAAUUGAAAGCUUGUUUAUAUAUUGAUUUGACGCAAGUAUGUCUCAAUCUUUUAGUUGAUAUUUCGAUCAGUACUGAAGAUAACCAAUAUUCUGAUAUAAUUUGUGAAGCUUUAGUCAAUAUAAUUGAUAAUAUUAAUGUUUUAAGUGAUUUUAUAAGGUAUUUAAACCAUUUUGGUGAUCUUUUCGUUCAAAAAAGCAACGAAAUUAUUUCUUCUAUUUUUUCUUUCGUUAAUAAGCAGCGAAAUGAAUAUACAAACGAAUGGAACUUAGAUGAAAACCUUAUAUUAUAUCAUAUUCACUUGUUCAAAUUGAUUUUGAACGAAGAAUUGGCAAAAGAUGUUUGGGCAAUUGAAAGAGAGAAUAUUUUGAAAUAUUCAUUUGAUUCUAAUUAUCUUAUGUUUUCUUCUCGGUUAAUUAAGUUGCUUUUCCCUGUAAUUCAAGAAAUUGAUUACGAAAAUAUUGUUAAUUGUUGUAUGAAUGAUAUCAAUGCAUCAUUUGAAUUCAUAUGGUUCUCUUUGAAGAAUGAAAAUAUAGGAAAUAUGUUCAUUUCUUCAAUUUUUAACAAAUUUGAAGAAUAUGACGACAAAUAUAAGGAUAUAUCAAUGCUAUUAAUAUCUCUUGCAUACUCGAAAUAUAAUUAUGGCAUUGGUAAUGAAUUUAUAUCGAAAUUUUUUGAGAAUUUUAAUAUUAUUAAUCAUAUAGACAAAAUAAGAAAGGUUUGCUCAGUCCUAUACUACUUUAUCAAAAAUCAAGAGAAAAUACCUUUAUUCCAUGUUAAUGUAUGUAGAUUUAUUGCUAAUUUAGUGACAUUACCUGAAAAUAUCAUAUCUAACAUGCGUUUUCAGAGAGAGAAAAUGAAAGAAUUGAUAGGUUUCAUAUUUAUCGAAUUUUCCAAUAAAUCCAUUACCAAAAAUGAUAUUUUUGGAGAAGAUUCAAACAGAUUCAGAAUAUUCUUGUAUAUUGUCCAGAAAUAUUUUGGUAACUUAUAG